GACACGGCUGCCUCCCGCCCGCCGCGCGCUGGGCGCUCAGAGUCUCGGGCGCGGCGGGAGCGCAGUUAAAGCCGAUCUCCCGCGCCCCGAGGUUGCUCCUCUCCGAGGUCUCCCGCGGCCCAAGUUCUCUGCGCCCCGAGGUCUCCGCGGCCAGAGGUCUCCGCCCGCACCAUGCGGCUGGGCAGUCCUGGACUGCUCCUCCUGCUCUUCAGCAGCCUUCGAGCCGAUACUCAGGAGAAGGAAGUCAGAGCGAUGGUGGGCAGCGACGUGGAGCUCAGCUGCGCGUGCCCCGAAGGAAGCCGUUUUGAUUUAAAUGACGUUUACGUAUACUGGCAAACCAGCGAGUCGAAAACCGUGGUGACUUACCACAUCCCGCAGAACAGCUCCUUGGACAACGUGGACAGCCACUACCGGAACCGGGCCCUGAUGUCACCGGCCGGCAUGCAGCGGGGCGACUUCUCCCUGCGCUUGUUCAACGUCACCCCCCAGGAUGAGCAGAAGUUUCACUGCCUGGUAUUGAGCCAAUCCCUGGGAUUCCAGGAGGUGCUGAGCGUUGUGGUCACACUGCAUGUGGCAGCAAACUUCAGCGUGCCUGUGGUCAGCACCCCCCACAACCCCUCCCAGGACGAGCUCACCUUCACGUGUACAUCCAUAAACGGCUACCCCAGGCCCAACGUGUACUGGAUCAACAAGACGGACAACAGCCUGCUGGACCAGGCUCUGCAGAAUGACACUGUCUUCUUGAACACGCGGGGCUUGUACGACGUGGUCAGCGUGCUGAGGAUCGCGCGGACCCCCAGCUUGAACAUCGGUUGCUGCAUAGAGAACGUGCUUCUGCGGCAGAACCUGACGGUCGGCAGCCAAACAGGAAACAACAUCGGAGAGAGAGACAAGAUCACAGAGAAUCCAGUCAGUACCCGCGAGAAGACCGAGGUCACGUGGAGCGUCCUGGCUGUCCUGUGCCUGCUUGUGGCCGUGGCGGUGGCCAUAGGCUGGGUGUGCAGGGACCGAUGGCUCCGCCGCAGCUAUGCAGGUGUCUGGGCUGUGAGGCCGGAGCCAGAGCUCGCUGGCCAGGUCAGCCCGUCCAGAUGACACAGGAACACAGCUUGCUGAAAACACGGCCAGCCUGUUCCUACCAGAGCCAGUCGAAGUGCCUUGUGCAGGUGGCUGUUUCCGAAGCUCUAAACCCUUUGUUUCCACCAAGCUGAGUCCUGAGAAAACCGACGUCUGCCUGCAGAAUGGAAAGGGGUGCUUCAUGUUCCUCUCUCUUCACUUCCCUUCCAAGGCCAUGUUUGACCGGAGCUCACCGCCCAGAGCGUGGACAGGGCUUCCGUGAGACGCCACCAUGAGAGGCCAGGUGGCAGCUUGAGAAUGGACUCGCACAGGUGCCUCCCAGACUGCAGGGGAGCACUUGGGGCCACCCCCAGAAGGACCACUGCUGGAUCCCAGGGAGAAACUGCUGGCGUUGUCUGUGAUCCUGGAAUGAGGCCCUUUCAAAAUCGUCAUCCACACCAAAGGCAAAUCCCCACUGUCACUGCCAGUCACUCACAGGAAGGGACUGGUGAUGGGCUCUUUCCACCCGGAGCAUGCGAGAUUCAACGCCAGGCUCUUCCCAGUACCCCAGACCUACUGUGGGUCUUCCCAUGGGAUGCGGGGCCCUGAGACUGAAGGGUGGUUGGCUUCAGAAGAAGACUCUGGGUGUCCACUCUUCCAGGACGGCCUCUGUGCUGCUGGGGUCGCGCGAGGCUGUUUGCAGGAGGCACGGUCCCAGGAGCUCUUCUGCCCUGGAUGCUCCCAACCUACCUCCUGCCCGGAGGCCACAGGACCCACACAUGUGCGUGUCCACAAGUGUAGGCAGCCGUCCACACCAAGGAGCCCCUGGAAGGCCCCACUGGGCUUCGUUGUCCUCUGCCACAUUCCCCGGGAGGAACAGUGGCCCUCGGCUGUUCUGGUGAAAAGCUGAGCCGCCUUUGGAAGAGGCGCUGGUGGAGUUUGCCAGAAGAAAGGCUGUGCCAGGGCCGUGUUUGGCCAGCUGUAGAGGCUGCCAGGGCUCUUGGCUCUGCAGUGAGAAAGACACAGCCCUGGGCACAGCCCAGCAGGGCUGGAGAUGCCCAUGUCCAGUAGGUGCAGGCCUGGCAACACGAUCCCCAGAGUCCUGAGCAGAAGUUGAGGGGGCAUCACCUGGUGACCACGGUCCCCCUUGUCACCACAGCAGUGAUCCCCAAAGUGAGGGGUGGCUCCCCCAUCCUCCGCUGCCCUCAGCAGCCCCACCCCACUCAACCAUGAGGGUCCCCAGGGUCCUGAUGAAGACCUCCGACCCCAGCACCAGGCUCCUCGGAGCUCAACAGUCCCAAGGGCGCAGGAGACAGGGUGGCCCACUGCUGAGGGGUGUGGCCCUGGGUCCUGACAUGCCCCAGCACCGUGCUAGUGCCUGGAAUGAAUCAGCUGCUGACUGUCUCCAGGAGGGCUGGAAAGGACACUACCAGGUGACCCAGGGUGCACUUGCCCCAGGGAGAUGGAGUAGAUGGCCUGGCCUGGCCCUGGGGACACGUGUCUACCCCGGGGCUAUGGGCAAACGCCCCUCCUCCUUCCUUCCCAGAGUCCCUGACAUUCCUGGGGUCAGCCAGGACCUGUUACAGCCCUGGUCACUUGAAACUGACAGCUGUGUGAGGCCUGCACUUCUCAGACCCAGACUACAACAAAAUGAGGAGUGAGGGCUCAUGGUUACAAUGAGGUUCUAGUACUUGUCACAAGAAAUUGGUUUUCUACGAAAAAAGUCCCUACCUGGGCCUUUAAGUGAAUCCACUCCUGCUUUUAACAUGAAAGCAUUAGAAGAUGUGUAGUGUUUGUAAAAGUACAGUUGUCAUCACCGGGCAUUGACUGGCAGGGAGCUGCUUGGGUGUGGAAAUUUGGGGCGUUGGAAAGCGGGGUGUGGUGCCCAUUUGCGGUGACUGUGAAGUGACUCCAGGACAGAGCUGCGGGGGCACCCAGAGGUCCUAAGCCCCAGGACUGAGGGUGGUGCAUCACCACUCGGGUGUCCUGGGAGGUGCCCUGGGCCCAGGGACCUCACGGGCAGGAUGGCGACACCCUUGCAGGGAGAGGGAGUCUGGCUCCAGCUUUUCCCAUUGGAGGUGAUUUUCCUUCACCAGGGGACAGGCAGGAAAGAUGCAGGAGCCCCAGAAGCUUCUACCCCUCAUGCCUGGGGCCCAGGGGACACUUGGAGGCUGCUGUCACCACUGCGCGUCCAGGGCCAUGCCCUCUGCGGGUUAGUGCCUGAGUCUCACCUCCCUGCUGGUCCCCGAAGUCCCCCUCAGAAGCCCUGCAUGGUGGGAUUUGUAAGACCCACCCUGUAACACCUGCCCCUCUCAGCCCAAGACAUCAGCUUCCUCGUUCUCCUGUGCUGUAGAUAGGCUGAAUUCCAGUGUUGUGACAGCCAUCUCCAGAAACCUGACUUAAGAGAGUAAGAUGCAAAUGG